UGUCAUGAUUAUUUUCAUAUACGUGUGCAAUGAUUUUAUACGCACUGCAGUGAAUCAAAGAAUACGCAUUAUAUUUACAGUAAAAAUCAAACACCAAAAAAUAAUAAUGAUAAAAUAAUAAUAUGAAAUAAUAAUAACAGUUAUAUAGUUGUAUUAAAAAAAAAAAAAAUUAAAUAUAUAUGUGUUAAAAUUUGGGUUGGGUUAUCAAUUGAAUAAAAAAUAAAAAAAAAAAAAAAACGUUACUACGCAAGGUUUUUUAAUUUUUUUUUUAUGUAAAAUUAAAAAUAAUUAAUAAUAAAACAAAAAAAAUAAACAAAACAAAAAACAAUAAUAAUUGUUGUUAAAAAUAAAUAUUAUUUAUUGUUUUAUUUAUAAACAAAACAAUAAACACUUUUUUGUGUAAUUUAAUUGUUAUUUUUUUUGUUUUUUUUUUCAAUUUUUGAUUGUUAAUUUGAGAGGUGAUUAGUUGUUGUUGUUGUUGUUUUUAUUUUAUAAUUUUUUGUGUAAAAUAAAAAUGCCGGAUUCAGAUGCUGUUUAUCAGCCAACAACUGUUGGUUACACAUAUGAACAUGGUGGUGAUGGUGGUGAUGUUAAUGGAGCUGCUAGAAUAAGAUCUGGUUUUUCACGAAUAAUUUAUAGAAAUAAAGUCAGUACAAGAAAAUGGCUUGAAUGGGUAUUACUAUCAGUUGCAUUAUGUGCAACUGUUGCUGGUUUAGCAACGACUCUUGUUAAUUUAUUGACAUCUGGAAGUGGUCCAGUUGUUGCACCAGGAAAUCAGGAUGACAAGGAUGAUUCAACUGAAAGUAAAAUUGAAGAUACAUCAAGAGGAUCAUUAGCUAUUGGUUGUAGUAUUACCUUGAUUGGCAUUGUCAUUGGAGCAGCAUGGAUCUGGUUAAGAUUCUUCAGAAAUGAUGGAAAAUCACAAAGAGGAGGCAUGGGUCGUGUCAGUGGUCAGAUGUUGGGCGGUUUGAAUCCAUCAACUGACUUGCUGGUGGGUUCAACUUCGCAGUACGGACCAGUACUAACUGAGGUGCCGAGCCAGAUGACGACAACAACAAAACAAACAAAUAAUGAUACACAUGUCAUACCAAUGUCUGAUCAAGAAGAAGAAACUCACACACUUAUGCAAGAUCCUGGAUCAUUAACAACUCCAUCAAUUAAUGGAAAUAAAUCAACUGCAACAAGUCAAAUAACAGCCUGAUUAAAAAAAAUCAAAUUCGUACUCGAUUGGUUUUAAAACCUUUUUAAAAAAAAACAAACAAACAAUUGUAGAUUUAAAAAAUUAUGCAGAUUUACUGCUAUUAUUCACUCAUUUAUUAUGUCAAAUAUAAUUUUUAUUUUUUAUUAAUACAACUUUUUAAUUAUCAUUUUUUUAAUAAUAAAUAUUUUAGAUUUUAGUGAGCUCUGUGAUCCAUUGCACAACGAUUCAAAUUAAAAUGAAAAAAUAACACAAAUUAAUUUAAAUGACACAAAUGAUUCUGAAAGUAUGUACUUCAAUAUUAAUUUUAAUUUUUUUAUAAAAUAAUUUCUGCCACAUUAUUGUUUAUAUUGUUUUUUUUUUUUUUAAUUUUUAU